UCAUAUCUCUGCAGGUUCACCACCAAAAAAAAAAAACACAAAUCUUAAAGAGAUGAAAGAGACUAAUUUUGGCGAAAAAACGCGGGUUCUGGUGGUUGGUGGGACUGGAUCGUUGGGGAGGAGGAUCGUAACUGCGUGUUUGGCUGAGGGACACGAGACUUACGUUCUCCAAAGGCCGGAGAGCGGAAUAGAUCUCGAGAAGAUGCAGCUUCUCUAUUCUUUCAAAAGACUCGGCGCACGUCUUGUGGAAGGCUCAUUCUCCGAUCACCAGAGCCUUGUCUCUGCCGUGAAGCAAGUCGAUGUGGUUGUCUCCGCCAUGUCCGGUGUCCAUUUCCGCACCCACAACAUCCCCGUUCAACUCAAGCUCGUCAAAGCCAUCAAAGAGGCUGGUAACGUCAAGCGUUUCUUACCAUCAGAAUUUGGGAUGGACCCCUCGCGUAUGGGACAUGCAAUGCCACCAGGUAGUGAAACAUUCGAUCAAAAAAUGGAAGUACGAAAUGCAAUCGAGGCCGCGGGGAUCCCCCACACAUACCUCGUCGGUGCUUGUUUUGCCGCAUACUUCGGCGGAAAUUUAUCUCAAAUGGGAACUUUGCUCCCUCCAAAAAAGAAAGUUGAUAUUUAUGGGGACGGAAAUGUUAAAGUGGUAUACGUAGAUGAAGAUGACAUGGCAAAAUACGCCGCAAAGACGCUUAACGAUCCCCGAACGGUGAACAAAACUGUGUACGUUAGGCCUACCGACAACAUUCUCACACAUAUGGAACUAGUUCAGAUAUGGGAGAAACUAAGUGGGAAAGAGUUGGAGAAGAACUAUGUUUCAGCAAAGGACUUUCUUGCUGACAUUGAAGAUAAGGAGAUACCACACCAAGCGGGAGUAGGACACUUUUAUCACAUAUACUACGAAGGUUGUCUCACAGAUCAUGAAGUUGGAGACGACGAAGAAGCUUCUAAACUCUAUCCGGAGGUGAAGUAUACACGCAUGGAUGAAUAUUUGAAAAUUUUCGUAUAAUUUGGUUGAACCAGAAUACAUACAUGUAAAACAUAUCGCCAUUUGCUAAAUUUUCAUUUCCUAUAUUUAUGUUUUUCCGUGGUCUUUUGUUUUCUUAAAGGUGUUUUUCCAAAUUUAUCUAAAAUUUUAAAUGUUUCAGUUAUGGAUAUGUUAGAUUAAAUAGUAUUUUAGGGG